AUGACUGGGCAACUAACAUUGCCUACCUCCUCCCCUUCUCUGUCCCUCCAGCAGGCACUGGUGGUGGCAGCCAUCCCCUCCCACAGGCUUCUCAAUCUCCGGGAGGGUGACCCUACAUCUUUGUUUGCCUGGGAGAGUCCCAACCUCCUAAGAGCCCAGAGUUCUCUCAGGUUUGGUGUCCGCUUUUAUAUUCAGAAGGGCCCCAGUGUGGGUGAUAAAUUCCGUGUUCACGCUGCCUGUGAGCAGAGCAAGGACAAAAACAGAAGUGCACGGAAGCCAGAAGGAGUCUGCGGACAGUUCUCAGUGACUUCCACUUAUCAAGCAGAGCACUCUGCACUCAGUCAUCGCAGUUAA